AUGCCACAUCGGCGUUUCGGUAUUGCGUUGGGUGUGUUUUUUGUUUGCAGCUAUAGAACAGUUUCUGCGCCGUAUCCAUCUCCAAUUGCUGAAUACCGAAGGGCCCUCCUUGUCACCGAGGAGCCCUCCCCUUGGGUCAUCAUUGACGAUGCACCUUCGCGACGACGAACCUAUCGGCCAGACACCCCCCCAAGUCCAUCACCCUUGAGUCAGCAGACUCACUCACAGACCGCUGCACUACCAGCGACGGAGCCAGAUGCAGUGGCAACGCGAGGCCUGCGGCGAAAGUCUCUUCCGAGUGACUGGAUGACUCAGCCUGCUGCAUAUGAUCCAGUCGUCCCCUCGACCAAAGGCGUCUUCGAUCAAGUCCAAAUCCCGUCAUCGAAUCUUUCUUCGCAUCAAGUGGACUCUCUUCGAUCAUCAAUCGCCUAUGAUGACUUUUCAGUCAGUCUCGAACCUGAUCAGACUUCUAUGACUCGAGCGAAAAUGAGUCGGGUGGCUCUCCGGUCUGGCGGAGAGCAGGAAAAGGGCAGUCUAAACCAGCAGGUCUUCGGGCUCAUGGCGUCUGAAGAGGAUCCAGGUGUGUCAACGGAGGUGAUGAAGGAGAAUCAGGAUGAGACAACAUCGGACACGAGCGAGCGCGAGCGAGCAGAAGUCCGAGACUGCCCAGCGUUAGAGAUCCCCUGUCCAUCGUCGGGAGCCACCCUCAGGCACGAUGGCUCGGCUCUUCCGUCCACCAAUUCGGGGAAUCGUGUAGCUCCUCCCAGCCCACACUUACGACAUGACUCCAUUGGCUCGCAUUGGGAAAUGCGAAGCGCGGCUCAUGAGAACUGGCUGGAGUCCAGGCGAAUGUUUCUUCGUCCUGCGUCGCCGCCUGGUUCAACAACCUCGGUGCUGCCAAUGUUCAGUGCCGAGAACGGUCUCUACUGCGCAGAUGGCGCGGCACCAGCCCGCGACCUUAGAAACCAAGACCAAGCAGAAGUGGGCGGGAAGGCGAUGACACCGUCUUCCGCUCCACUUAUCCGCGUAUAUGACUACGCUUUCAACGCUGAGUCGCCGGCCAUUGAGGCCAUUGACAUCGCCAAGCCCGAGAUCGACUCUCCGCCACACAUCAGCAAACAUCGAGCUUCGACGUAUAAAUCUCUUCGCAGAACUGUUAGCGCUACAAGGUCAUACGGUGCCCUCUCCUUCGACCACCGAUGCCUCGAACGCAGAGCGGCCUCCCUUGCGAAGUCGACGACUUACUUAUCCGAUACGCAGUCCACCCAAGCGGGACCCAGGUAUUUGAAUGAGCGCACCGAGACAGGAACUGGAAUGACCUCGGACUGCGUUCAGUUCGCAGAUGUAGAUGCUGAGGCCGAGAUCGCCCCUGAGCAAUCUCUCGAGGAGCGCCAUCCACCCUCCUCGUGUGGUCAGGAUGAACCAGUAUACAGCAAUUUCAACACCUCAUCGUCUCUCUCGACAGCGACUUUCAUAGCGAUUCCCCGUCGUUCAUCGUCCUCUGCCUCGGCAGAGACUCAAAAGCAAACAAAGAUUCCUGUAUAUCUGGAGAAGCAGGUGCAGACCGACCCCUUGCUCCCAGAAGCUCCGAGGGUUCCCUCGAUCCCCGCAAUGACUUUACCGUGGUCCCUGGCGCGGACCCUGGUACAAAUUCAAACACCUCUGAGGACGCGGUCUCAACCUCUAAAAUCCUUCGAGGUGUCGAGGAAUCACUCGCGGCGGUGA